UAGCUGCAGAGCAGCGACGUUAACAUGCCUGAGCCAGCGAAGUCCGCUCCCGCCCCGAAGAAGGGCUCCAAGAAGGCGGUGACCAAGGCGCAGAAGAAGGACGGCAAGAAGCGCAAGCGCAGCCGCAAGGAGAGCUACUCCGUGUACGUGUACAAGGUGCUGAAGCAGGUGCACCCCGAUACCGGCAUCUCCUCCAAGGCCAUGGGCAUCAUGAACUCCUUCGUCAACGACAUCUUCGAGCGCAUCGCGGGCGAGGCUUCCCGCCUGGCGCAUUACAACAAGCGCUCGACCAUCACCUCCAGGGAGAUCCAGACGGCCGUGCGCCUGCUGCUGCCCGGGGAGCUGGCCAAGCACGCCGUGUCGGAGGGCACUAAGGCCGUCACCAAGUACACCAGCUCCAAUAAUUUUAACGUCUUCAUACGCAAUCCCAAAGGCUCUUUUAAGAGCCACCCACUUUUUCAGCUAUAGAGUUGUAAUUACCUGCAUAGUUUCUGUCUUUACCAAAAGGUUUGCUUUUAUCCUUUUUUGUGUUUUGCAGGUGUGUGACUGGAUUGACUGAUUGAAUGCAAAUACUGUGGUUAAUUGUAGGUUAGUGGUACACCACGCCCAGCUAAUUUGAUCCCAAGUGCUGAAUACAAGGUUAGCCCAUUGUGCUGAUAUGGACAUUUUUCUUAUUUUGUGUUGUGAUGUGUCCCUUGUCAAAUUGGUUUUAUAAGAAGUGGAAAGAACUUUGGUAACUAGGUAAUGAUUCUUUUGCUAUUGUGUCAGGGAAAAUAGUAUUCCCGUUUAGUCAUUACAGCACUGGUGCAUUUACCUGCUUAAAACAAAUUCUUCAAAAUAUAAGGAAACCAAGACAAGUAAUGUUCAUGAAAAUGGAAAACUAUGAACACUGGUACCUGGAUGCAAUACUAACAAUAAAAAUUAUUCUUGUUUUAUUUUGGCCACUGGCAAAGUGCCAUUUGGGAGUAAUGAUUGGAUGUCCAGGAAAUAAACACCUCUAACC